GCUGCGAACUUUCAGAAAAGAAGGGAGAAAACUCCAGUAGCUGUGGGCUGGAGCACAGGCAGACGUACCGCUCACGCUCACGGCUCACAGCCACCGUCUACCAGCCGAGCAAGCGCUUGGCCGGCCGGUUGCCAUGGCCCCUUCUCCUACCUCCCAAGAUCUCACCUUGACACCUUCCACGCCUCUUAUAUAUAGCCUCACCGCUCAUCUCCUGCUUCACCGAGUGACACACACCCACAGAGAAACCGGAUUUGCGUUGCCUCCCGUGCAGCCGAGUGGUUCAGUCAUUGCUAGCUAGCUGUUGGGACUUGGGCGUGCUCCCCUGGACCGAGGGAAGGACACCACCCCCUCUCGUCCACCUCUGUUCGCCUCCAUUUUGGUUUCAGGCCAAGAGACGCUCAGCUCAGCUCGGUGAAAAGGGAGCUGAAUUGAAGGGGCGUGCGCCGAGAUGGAGCACAUCGCGAGGUUCUUCUUCGGAGUUUCCGGGAAUGUCAUUGCGCUCUUCCUCUUCCUGUCGCCUGUCGUCACCUUCUGGAGGAUCAUCAAGAAGCGCUCGACGGAGGACUUCUCCGGCGUGCCCUACAACAUGACGCUGCUCAACUGCCUCCUAUCGGCUUGGUACGGGCUGCCGUUCGUGUCCCCGAACAACAUCCUGGUGACGACGAUCAACGGGACGGGGUCGCUGAUCGAGGCCAUCUACGUGGUGAUCUUUCUCAUCUUCGCGGAGCGGCGGAUCCGGCUGCGGAUGCUGGGCCUGCUGGGCAUCGUCACCUCCAUCUUCGCCGCGGUGGUGCUCAUCUCGCUGCUGGCCCUCCACGGCAACGGCCGCAAGAUCUUCUGCGGCCUCGCCGCCACCAUCUUCUCCAUCUGCAUGUACGCCUCGCCGCUCUCCAUCAUGAGGCUGGUGAUCAAGACGAAGAGCGUGGAGUUUAUGCCGUUCCUGCUCUCCCUGUCCGUGUUCCUCUGCGGCACCUCCUGGUUCAUCUACGGCCUCCUCGGCCGCGACCCCUUCAUCAUUAUCCCCAACGGGUGCGGGAGCUUCCUGGGCCUGACGCAGCUGAUCCUGUACGCCAUCUACCGGAACAACAAGGGUCCCGCCGCCCCGGCCGGCAAGGGGGAGGCCGCCGCUGCCGCCGCGGCGGAGGUGGAGGACGCCAAGAAGGUGGCCGCCGCUGUGGAGCUGGCCGACGCCACGACCAACAAGGUCGCCAGCCAGGUGUAGGCUGCGGGCUCUGUACCAAGGCUUGCUGGCUGCUGGGCGGUGGUGGUGGUGUCAGGCAGCCUGAAAAGCUAGGCUGCCCAAUGGACGAAUUAAUUUGCUGAUGAUGAAGCAAAUUGUUGUUGCUUUCUUUGCCUUGCGCUGUCACUGAUCUCGAUCUCUCCCUAAAAAUGUACCUUCAGGGAGAGCUAUGACACAGUGUUAUCAAGUUGUGUCUCUGCAAGUGUGAAGUUUUCCUUGUGUUUCCAAUGCUUUCCUGAUUUUCUCUCUUCCACUUUUUCUCUGAAAGAAAAUCUACUGAUCAUUUUAUGAGAAA